GGACUUAUGGAACAUGCGUUUUUACGCCACAGCACAGCUGAGGACUUUUCGACCCAGGUUCUCAUCGCGUUCAGUCACAAAUAAUGGCCAUCCGAGUGUUAGAAAUAAUCUUUUUCUUUUAUUUUGCCUCUCACAUUCCUAUUACGUUAUUUAUUGACUUACAAGCCCUGCUGCCCGGAAAUGUGUACCCCCAGCCGCUGGUUGACCUCCUGAGGUGGUAUGCAGAAGAGUUCAAAGACCCCAUGAUGCUGGAUCAUCCCGAGUGGUUCAAGUCGUUCGUUUUCUGUGAGGCUUUGCUUCAGAUGCCAUUUUUUCCUAUUGCAGCUUAUGCUUUUCUGAAAGGUGGCUGUCAGUGGAUCCGGACUCCUGCCAUUGUGUAUUCCACGCAUGUUGCCACCACGCUGAUUCCCAUCUUAGCCCAUAUCCUCUUCUAUGACUUCCCUGUCAAACCCCACCCUGGUCCCCAAACUAACCGGGAGCGCUGGCUGCUGAUCUCCAUCUACGCACCGUACCUGCUGGUCCCAAUGCUGCUACUGCUCACAAUGCUGCUGUCCUCCAAAUACAACUCCACCUCCAAACCUGGAAGCACAUCGGGCAAAGCCAAGAAGAAAAACUGAAUUUAACACAAAAAUGUGUAAUUUACCUUGAUUUCAAAAUAUCUUCCCCACCUCUUUGUAAGGUACAUCUAUGUAAGAGCUCAUGUGAAUUGUUGGUGUUUUAAAAUGUCAGUUGAGAAGAAUCUUCUAGAUAAAUGCCAGAUUAUGCAUCUAUUGUUGUUCUUUCAAAUUAAUUUAGUUUUUUUGUGCUAGUUUUGAGUUUUUAACUCUACCAUAUGACUAAAAUUGUCAUGAAUUACUGCAAAACAAAGCUUAUUGAUGUUAUCGAACUAUUUGGAUGGGAUUUAAACCUAAGUCUGAGUAAAAUUAAUUGGGUUUAAUUUGGGCCUGUUUGUUAAUAAGGUACCUUUAGAUUACUUUUGUUAUUUGACUCCACAGUGGCUUGCAUUGCAUUAUCCAUACACUUUUUUUACAGUUUGUCACAUUAAUGCAUUUCAUGUGAUAGUCCAACAUCAAGUAGUGUAUAGUUGUAAGGUGGAAAGAAAAUCGUGAUUUUCAAAUCUAUUUACAAAUAAAAAUCUAAAGUGUCGGGUGCA